AUGACCUCAGUGCAAUCGCUCGGCCUCCGUGAACCCAGCGCUUUACAAUACCUCAUCACCGAGUCCAUACUUCCCCCAGAUCCUGCAACGUCGCUGUACAAAUGGUCCGUCUCUCAAGAGCAUGAAGAUGGCGGAGAUGGUCUCGUCGAAGAGGAAGUGCUGACCACGGAUCACUGUGUUGUCUGGUCGUGCAAUGGCAUCAUUCAACGGGUCUUCAACUUAGCCAUCGAAGGCGAAAAGAUCUCACACGCAUUUGUGUCGACUUUUGCUCCUCCUCCAUCGACAGAAGAAGAAAACACGUGCAAGCGGGAUCGCCUCCAGAACAUUUCACAGCGUGCCCUGGUCGUCGUCUUGAAAACACAAAUCCACAUCUUUCUGGUCUCGGGCGACACACACAUUGUGCCGCUGCCUUUCGAGGUUGGAUCAGCUCAUCCUUGCCCCGGCGGCUUCAUUUUGCAGCGCAAGCUGGAGUCAGACGAGGACCUGGACAGCCAGAUACAAUUCCAACAGGACCUCAGCACUAUCAAUGAGACUCUUACUUCUAUCGGGGGCAACAGUUCGAGACCGUCUAUUGUCCUCUCAUCGGACCAAAAAUGGGUUCCCCCAUCCGAUCUUUCGACAGCUGCGGGUAUGCCACGGACCUAUUCGUUCACUCAGAUCAUGUCAGAGUUAGGCCUGGUUGUCCACAGCACACACCGUCUGGGCGAGCCUCUGGACGAAUGCAAAGCCUUACCUAAAUCCGAGAGGCUCCUCUUCGUCUCCCGUCACGGCGAACUGGACCUGGACGAUCGGAAUGAAAUGGCGCCUCUCUGUCUUGCUCUAACGAUCGAUGAAAAGUCUUCAUUCACAUUGUGGCAGGUGAGUCCGGAUGUCGCCAGCAAAGGCUCGGAAAUGCGUCGGAGCAGCCACAAUCUCAAGCCAAGGUCUUCACUGAGGAAAAGUUCAAACAUGUACAGACGUGAUCAAAAUGUGACAAUUCAAUCUACUAGGCAGCCAGGCGACCUUAGAGAGAGCUUCGGUGGUAUGGGUGACAAGCAAUAUUCAGAAGGAGGACUUUUUCCGUCGACCCAGGAGCAGAUAUCGUUCCAUUCAAAUGAUUUGGCCUCUCACCUUGGCCCGGAAUUCGGCGACGUAGGCGUCCAGACGCGUUCUGCACGAAGAAUCAGCUCGAUGUUGGCACGUACAGAUCUUGGAUCUGCGGCGGAUCGAGGUACAUUCAACGACUUUGCUAUUGGCGCUGGUGGCCGCCAGAGUCUGAACAGGCCUGGAAGACGUGGCGAGUCCAUUGGGAGCUUCAAUGAUCGACUUAGCUUCGGCUUUCGCCGUAGAAGCUCAUUCCCAACCAACGCCUCUGUUUUCAGCACGGGAACCUCGUUUCUUGACAUGUCCGCCCGUGGCCUGCUUGAAGACAUGGAUCCGCUAAAGCAGUCAACACGCCUUGAGGAGGAACUUUAUGACGGAGCUUCAUCCAACCUUCCAAGGGAUAUCGGCUUUUUCAAGUUGAAGACUUUUCCUCGCAGUCAAUUGUCAGAUGAUGUCGAUUCCCUUUGUGAUAUCAAGGUUGUAACUCUGCGAAACCCGAAUCUGCUCCAUCAGGAUAUGCAACAACCCAAAGAGCUCUACUUGGGGAUCAUGGAUAAGUCACGGCAGGAGCUUAUUCUCGUCCGAAUUCUGGUCAAGGCUCGUUCAGGCCGGAGAAGGAAACCAUCUCUGGAAUCCAAAGUCACAGAGGUCCGCAAGUUGCCUGGGAUCAAGGAUGUCUGCAAAGUUGUUGAUGGCGAAAUUCAGCGACUCGCUGUAAUGACCGAAUCGCGUUCAAAGAUUGUGUCUCUCCAACUUGAAGCACCGUGGUCGCCGCCAUUACGUUUUGAACUCCCCCCCAGGAUUGUGGUACAUGAUCCCUUUACGAGUUCGUACUCUUUCAGUCCUAGGAAGGAUAAAGACACGGGGCUCAGGCGAAGCAUUCCAGGCACAGGCGUAAGCGCACAGUCGCUGCUCGAAUCUGGGACUAGCGGUCAGUUGUAUGUGGUUGAUCAAGAUCGUCGCCGCCAUGCAAUACAGCUACAACUUGCUCCUCGUGAUCCUCUUGUCCUUGACAUCCUUAGGAUGUGUGACAUUGUGCUUGGUUCAACGGAGCAGGAAAGCUUGCUAGUUGCCUUCUGGGAGGUGUCUCAAUGGCUAAGUGACAAAGGGUUCUCAACGCCGUCAGAUUGGCUGGCAAUGGUUGUGGUACUCUUCUCCCUCGCUGUACCUUUCCUGAACACCCAGCAUCGGCAGUCUACGACAAGCCAUCGACGGAAGAAGAGUACCCUUCUUCGAUCUAGCAGUGGUAGCGCCAUUGACCUCACGAAUUAUGAUACGAUGCAUAACGAAGAUCGAGAUACGAAUUCGCACGAUGGGUUGCGCAGCCCCGUGUGGGCUUGGCUCCAUCCAAGACACUCAGUAACCACAACAAGAGGAAGGUCGAGAUCAUCCUCUAAGAUUUCGAACCCCUCUGCCUUCCACGAACAAUCUCACGACAAGAAAAGCACCUUCAUAAUUGACGCAAUUGCAUUAGCAGCGGAGUAUUUACAAUCUCCAUUCGGCGAGCAUGCCUUUGGUCCAGAAGGAUAUCUUCCUACCUCCAUCAGCAAAGAUCGCGAGCAGCGGUGCAACACCAUUCCGAGUAUUUUAGUUGGCUUGCAUCUCCUCUAUGAAGAAACUAAGCUCAACGUGACGGCCUCCGCCAGAUCCAGAAAGGCAGACAGUAAUUUGAUCAUGGUCAUGGCUCAACUGGGAUCCUGGCUUCAGUGGAAGGACUGGACGGUUAGCGAUGAUUCAUAUUACCAGUUCGAAGCAAUGGAAAGUGAUAAUUGUGUGUAUGAUCUUUCUGUCAUUGAUGGUCUUUCCAUGCCAGCUCAACCAUUCCACCCACCUUCGAUUUAUGCUCACCUCGAGCAAUGGAUCAGCGGCGCCCCCGUUGCUCAGUUCCUUACAUUGGCACGAUUGUCACGCAGAGGAGGUGGAACCCAGGAUAUUGGCAGUCGUGAGAUGACACUAACUCCUCGUACAACGGCUCUCCUCACCUUCUUGAAAUGUGCCCAGGACCAGGUUGGCUCCGAAAACAUGAUGCAUGCCUUGACGAAGGCCGGGUUGACAAAACCGAGCAUACAAAGACUGCCCGACGGAGUAGCCUCUGUCUUCAACCAAGUUCUAUCGUCCAAGAAGAAUCGUACACUAUCGGCAAAUAAGGAAGGAGGGACGCUCGAGUCUGGAGGAUGGGCUAGCAAGGACGAUACCCUACUUUUCUUGAACAGACCCCAUUUGACCACAAAUCACGAAGCGCUCCGGGACUAUCACAGCAUCUGUUCAUCUGCUCUAGAGGCGGAAACCUUGCAAAGAUGGGACGCAUCAUCCGAAGCUAACAGACAGACUGUCACCAAGCUGAUAUUUAGCAAAGAUCGACGGUUCCCUGAAGCUUCAAAGCUUGUAAAUCAAACACGACCUCCGGUGGUGGAAUGCACACCUGAACCAGAAUGGACAGAAGUUGAAUUGCUAGACGCGCAAAAAGAACUGGCCCAGUACGUCACUCGUCGGACUCUCUCUGUUGCAGCCGGGCGAGGCAUGAUGCAUUUCAAUGCUCGAGUUCCGCUAUUAACAGAAAGAGUGCCGAUUCCUGCCUUCAGCCUUCAAUGCAUCAUGAAACCUAGAAAUGCCACCGAGAGUGCGCAGGCAAUGACAUUCAGUGCAGACAAGGCAACAUUUACAGAGGAAAAAGUGUGUUGGGCGUUCUUCCACAAUGGGGCGUCUAUGGGUCUUAUGAUUUCCAACGAUGCCCAAGGCAUCGAUACUUCUUGGAUCUUGUACAAUAAACCACCAGAAUUGACGAAUCGACACGCUGGUUUCCUGCUCGCAAUGGGUCUCAAUGGACACCUCAAGACACUGGCGAAAUGGGUUGCUUUCAAGUACCUGACCCCGAAGCAUACCAUGACAUCUGUCGGACUCCUGCUGGGCUUGUCGGCUUCGUUCUUGGGCACUAUGGACACUCUUAUUACUCGUCUUCUGUCCGUUCACGUUACGCGUCUGCUCCCACCGGGUGCUGCAGAAUUGAACUUGUCGCCGUUGACGCAAACCACUGGGAUCAUAGGCAUAGGUCUGCUGUACUACAACUCACAACAUCGUCGAAUGUCCGAGGUCAUGCUAUCAGAGAUUGAGAACGACGACGCGGAGGAGGGCGCCGCUUCUGACACUAUCCUUCGUGACGAAGGGUAUCGAUUGGCGGCCGGCUUCGCUUUGGGCCUGAUCAAUCUGAGCCAAGGAAGGGAUUUGCAUGGUCUUCACGACAUGAAGGUUCUCCAAAGACUUCUUGCCAUCGCCGUCGGGACCAAGAAUGUGAAUAUGGUUCAUGUACUUGACCGUGCAACUGCUGGAGCCGUAAUGGCUAUUGCCUUCAUAUUUCUCAAGACGAAUGAGGAGGCAACUGCAAGGAAAGUCGAUAUACCGGAUACUCUCCAUCAAUUCGACUAUGUGCGCCCCGAUAUAUUCCUCUUACGAACGUUGGCACGCCACCUGAUAAUGUGGAAUUCUAUCCUUCCAUCGAGCAGUUUUGUGCAGUCCUCGCUCCCCGCACCAUACAGGCAUAGGUUUGACCUCAAAUCAACCAAAAACCUCAGCACUGAGGAUAUGCCCUUUUUCAAUAUAAUUGCGGGAAUUUGCUUUGCCAUCGGGUUGAGGUUCGCUGGGUCACAACGUGCGGAUGCGCGCGAUCUAUUGGUAUCAUAUCUCGACCAGUUUUUGCGGCUGAGCCGCCUUCCUGUUCACAAUUACGAUGCACGCGUGACGUUGAACAGUGUGAGGAAUUGCCUGGACACUCUUGCGCUGGCAGCAGCGACGGUGAUGGCUGGUUCUGGCGACCUGAUCGUCUUGCGGCGUUUAAGGGCGCUACAUGGACGGACUGACAAGGACACUCCUUUUGGGAGCCACCUUGCUGCACACAUGGCUCUAGGUGCGCUGUUUCUCGCGGGCGGAACCAAAACAUUUGGAACGUCCGACAUAGCCGUUGCAAGCUUGUGUAUUGCCUUUUAUCCUGUCUUCCCAAAUGAUGUACUUGACAAUCGGGGUCAUCUUCAAGCACUUCGACAUCUCUGGGUGCUUGCCGUCGAGGGUCGAUGCUUGAUUGCUCGAGACGGCGACGCUGGCGGCUCUGUUGUUGGCGGUAUCACCGCGUCCGUUCGGCUCGCAGACGGCACAACGGAACACAUUCAGGUCCCUGGUCUGCUGCCUGAACUUGACAGUAUCAAGUCUGUUGAAGUCAAGGGCGAGGGGUUCUGGGACGCGUGUCUCGAUUUUUCAAGUGAUGAGACAAAGCUUCGUAUUAAAACCGAGAAUGCUGUGAAUGUCAUACUUCGCCGUCGAGCUGCAUAUGACCGACCACCUCAAGACCUAUUCAAUGCAGAGCUGCAGGCCCUGACGGAAGCGCAAGGCAUCCCCAGUGUUGACCCAAACUCGACUGCUCUCUACACGCAUAGUAGUACUACAGCAGCAGGCUCGACCUCGUCAAGGCUAGCCAAUGGGUUUGAGUGGGUGUUUGGUUUGAGCGCGUUUUCAGACUUCGAUCAUUCCGAAAGAGCACUCGUGCUUGGCGCUGCACCGAUUGGUGAGUGGAACACUGCAGAGCUAUUGCAGAAUGGAGUCGUCGAUUCGAGAUUAGAGCUCGAGAUGGGAAGUCUCCCAUCCAAGAAUGAAGCCCAUUUGUCCAGUCAGAAAGUGCAAAAAGACAAAUUGUGGCAGCUUCGACUCUUGUUUGACUGGCUUGAUCGGUGGGAAAAGGAAGACGAAGAAUUCGACAGUAUCGCUUCUGCUACCGCGGAUGAGAAUAAGUGGUUCGGCAGCUCGGGUGGAACAUGGAUCAGAAAAGAGCUUAUCGAGCGAUUGAGAUGGAGAGUAUGGAAUAUGACUACAGAAGACAGUGACAGCAGUGGGGGUGAUGAGGAGGAUGAAGCAAUGUGGUGA